AUGGGUGGGCCAAAUGGCCAAAAUGGUCCACCAACGGGAGGACAUGGCGGACCGGGACGUGGGCCGAAAGGGGGACCUCAAGAGCAGGUUCAAAAACAGUGAUU